UUGGUUCAAGGGCCGGCUUGGCUCGGCUCCCCUUUUGGGUAGAGACAAAGAACCAGCUGGCACUCGUACGAACGUACGAGUGUCCGAAUUUGCGAUGGCUGGUGCAUGGGACUCGCUCAGAAGCGUUGAGAUGGACACCCUCGUGGGCCAACUGGUGGAGAUUGUUGGCAUCACCAGGGGUCUCAAAGUCUUUGAUGAGCGCGAGCAGAAAGAGACUGAAGAGCUGGUUCAGUUGGACGAUGACGAUGAAGAGGAGGAGACCAUGGCGCCUUCCUUCAGUUCCUGUGGCUCCUGCAUGUCAUGGCUUCAAGAUCGUGAGCUUUACGUCGUGAAGACCUUCGGAGGUCACGUCGUCACGGUGCCCGAAGCCAACUUGCAGCAAUGGUCUCCGCCACCAGCCGAAGAAGGUGGCUUUGACGUUGCAUGGCCUUUGGACCGAAGCCGGACAGGGAAAGCCAUGCGUUUCGCAGAUAGUGUGGUAGGCGCACUGGCUGAGAAGGGCUAUUGCGUGAUUCAAACCUUCAUGACAAAGAGGCAGAGAGCCGAUGCGUGGCACAGUGGACAGGAACAAGAGAGGUAUUUCUUCCGGAUGAAGCAGGAGGUCGAGAGUGGAUACAUGGGCUUCGAUUCCAACAACAAGAUUGCUUGGCUCCAAGAGCGCCGGGAGGAACAGUCGAACCCGGAUGGCCUGAGCUAUCCAGAGGAUGAGGAGCUCGACAACAAGGCCUUUGAAGAGAGUCAGUUGCUGUUUAGGGAUCUUGCCACUGACAUCGCGCCCAUGACGCCGGCCAUUGGCGUGACCUUUAGCUACAUCAUGAAUCCAUUUUUGAGGAUGUCAAUGACCAGGAACGAAGAGGAAGACUACCUUCCUGAGUCUGUCAGAGACAUGAUGCAGGAGGAAGGAUCAGGUUGGUCAGGGCCUCUUCAGGAAUACAUUUUCUUCGCGAAAAGGCGAAGGUUGGGCUUGCUUCACAUGAUUGAAAACAAGGGAGGAGAGAUCUGGUUCUAUCCCAAGGAUGGGUCGUACUUGCCCGGCGCACGGCGGAGUAUGAAGAUCCCUGCCACACAGAACAAGAUUCUCAUUUUCCGGCACGACAUCAUGGACUAUUCGUACCAAGCCCUGGGUCGCAGCCUUGCACUCCAAACCUGGCUGAUGCAAGAAACGGGGAAGUCUCCAGCCAUCAAAGAAAUGAUGGUGAAUCUGGGCCAGCUGGGCGAUUCUGGUCAAGUCGUUUGCAAUCCCGGACCGGAAGUUCCAGAUGGUCCGAAGGCGUCCAUCAUGUCAUUGACGACGCGGCUGCCUGGUGAGGCUUGGUCUCCGGCGCAGUAUUGGUGCAUGUUUUGCUCCGGUACAGAUACUUGUACCCAGUGGCCCUAUACACGCUGGGAGACAGAGCCCUACUAUGAGGAGGGAGCAGAUGCAAUUGCCACUGGAAAGUCAUACACUUGCCAUGGUGGUUUCGUGAGUCAAGAUCAGAUCACUCAGUUUGACAACGUCUUCUUCGGCAUAGAUGAGACCGAGGCAAGAUCCAUGAUUCCAGGGCAGAAGAUGUCAUUGGAGGUGGGUUAUGAAUGUCUGGUUAGCUCCGGAUUUAGCAGCAAAACUCUCAAAGGCCGGCGCAUGGGCCUUUGGUUUGGAGAUGUUGGUCCUGAUUGGCAUUCGUUCCAGACUGAAUGGGCCAGAUUCUGCCCAGAUGUUUGUCCCACCACCAUGGGUCUUAGCAUGAGCUGUGCCACCACGGCUGCACGGAUUGCCCACCAAUUCGACAUCCGUGGCCCGGUCUCCUCCUACGACACCGCUUGCUCUGCUUCCUUGGUGGCCAUGAAUGCAGCGCAUCUCUGCAUGUUUGACUCGGAUCCCCCCAAGCCGGACAACGCAGAGGCCUUGGUGGUGGGUGUGAACACCCUGUUGGGACCGGGAAGUUUCAUCGGGAAUUGCAUGGCUACAAUGCUUUCCCACCAGGGAAGAAGCUUUACCUUCAACCGUUCAGCAGAUGGAUACCAGCGAGGAGAAGGCUGCGGUGCGGUUUUUGUGAAGAUGUACCAAGGAGACAAACAGGACGAAGAGGACCGGGUUUGCGCGUUGAUUGGAACGGCCACGAACCAAGAUGGAAGAAGUGCCAGCUUGACGGCCCCCAACGGCCCGGCACAGCAGCAGGUCAUCAAGAAGUCCAUGCGCUUUGCCGGGAUCAAUCCCAACACCGUUUCGAUUGCCGAGUGCCACGGCACCGGCACUGCGCUGGGGGAUCCCAUUGAGGUCGGUGCGCUGAUGGCGGUGAUGCAUGAGCGGAAGGUGCCAAUCCUAAAGACCAGUGCUAAGAGUAACAUCGCACACUUGGAAGCUGGUGCAGGCAUUGCUGGACUCACCAAAUGCAUCAUGAUGAUCAACAUGGGCACGGCGCCUCCCAAUUGCCAUUUUAACCUCAUCAACCCGCACCUGACGAUUGAGGGCUAUCCAGUGUACUUUGACACCGAGGACAUCGACGUGGGUCUCAGCAGUUUGUACUGCGGGGUGAGUUCCUUCGGCUUCGGUGGAACCAACAGCCGCGCCGAUGUCUACGGAUGGGCCUCCAAGGGCCACAAGGCAGCAGUGAAGGCCAACUUGCCAUCGCACUCCUUGCCGAGGGCUUUGCACAUGGGCCAAAAACUUUAUGUCAGUGGAUCCUGGGACAAUUUUUCGAGCCACAAAGUCAUGGACGGUGGAAGGGAUGGAAGAUACUCCGUGGUGGUCCGGGUGGACGAGAGUUGCUGUGCUGAGUUCCAGCUAAGCUGCUCCCAGGACCACAAGGAGAUCAUUCAUCCUUUGGUGCCGAAGGCCGACAGCAGCGAGCAGGUGGUCGGCCCAGACUAUGCGGGGAAAGGCCUGAACUUCUUCAUUGAUGGCAAGAAGGAUGGCGUGGACCCUGGGCAGUUCUACAAGAUUGACUUUGAGUGGGGUGAUGACAAGAAGACCAUAUCGUGGAAGCCAACAGACUCUGAUCCAUCGGAAAUGGUUGAAAUGGCCCUCGAUGAUGAGAUGUGAAGUGCCAAGCCUCGACGCUUGAAGUCGCCGCGGCACCACGUGUUUUGUCACGGCUUCUUCCGACUUCACGCGCAAAAA